UGCGCAGGCGCCAGCCGUGGGCGGGAACAUGACCCGGAAAAGGAAGUGUCCGAGUCCGGGCGUCCAACAUGUCGUCGUCCGCCGCCGCAGUUUGUGUCAACCACUUCUGGGCCGAGGAGGAGACUUCCCUCCUGCUGCAGCAACUCAAACAUGUCAACAUCUCCAAGUUCCUCGACGGCCGCAAAACCAGAAACGGGCAAGUGUUUAAGAAGGUGGCCAAAGAAAUGGCGGGCGCGGGCUUCAGUCGCACGGCCGAGCAGGUGCGAGUGAAGUGGAAGCGCAUGAAGAGACUUUACUACCAGACCAAGAAGGACAGCAGGAGGAACUUACACAUCGCACUUCUCUGUCCACACUACCAACUCAUUGAAGACCUGAUAGGACGGCCGCCUGCUUCCGGGUCAGGUAACCAUGAGAGUUUGCCAGAGGACCAGGCAGACCCCAACGAGGAUUCAGAAGGUCACCCGGACAACGAGGACGAAGCUCUCACAAUAAUGGAGGAGGAGCAGACCGCCGGGUCUUCAUAUUUGACUCACUCGCCGUCGUAUGUUUGUGCUCCUCAGAGACUUACCGGGCGACGGGCUGAGGUGGAACGCUUUACUUCCGGCAUGGAGAGAAUCCACGGUGUCUUGAUUGAACAGUUGGAGCAGAGCCAAGAGUCCCAGGAAAGACUUGUGAACACCAUCCUUCAAAGCAACCAGUUGAUGGUCUCUGCUCUCCUGGACGCCAUCCACAGUCUGAAGCCACACCCACCUUAACCACCUCGCCGUGACUCGGUCAGUGGUUACACUCCACUGAAGAGCUUUAUAUAUAUUUAUUUAUUUUCUUGUUUUAAUGCAAGUCAUUUAUUUUGGAAAAAUGAUCCAAACAGCUUAUCCUCUUCAGGUUCGAGGGGCUGGAGCCUAUCCUAGUUAACUUUAGACUGCCGGUCAACACCUGUGAACAAUUUACCAUCUUUUCUGGACUAUAGAGCACACUGGUAUAUACUGUACGCCUCACCCACUAAAUUUUAAAAGAAAAAAUCAUUUCCCUAUAUAAGUCGCAGAUAUAUUCGCCGUGAAAUGAGUUAUUUACACAGAAAUGUUUUUAAAACGUUCAUUUACAUACAUAAGUGUUUCCAAACGGUGUGUGUGUAACGGGGCAGUAAAACGGCGGUUCAAACAAAACAGAAGUCAUGCUCAUGGACCCACUAGCUGCAGAAGCUAGCUCUCCAAUCAGCUAAAUAACUCCACACUGACGUUUUGAUGAAGUUAAGGAACUGAAACAAUACAAACAUAAUGCCGUUGUAAGUUAAUAAAACUAACCCAGACACGUAUAAACAUGUUAGCAUAUUAGCUAAUGCCAAAGACUCUAGCUUGAUUACAUUAUGAUAGCACGUACAAAUAUGCAUAAAAACACUUACAGACAUCACACAUGUAGUAAGUUUGAAUUGUUGGAGGUAUGUUGUAAAACUUAAAUGUUGCUUGGAGUGGUGAACCCAUAUGAGUAGAAACGCUAUGGACAACUAGAAGACGGAACAGCACUUGUAUUUACGGUUAGUGAGGGAAGUCAUCCAAAAGAUGGCGCCAUAGCACAAAUAUGUUCAGUGUCUUUGCUUGUGUUUUUUUUUAAACUAUUUGCAUUAUGGUCGUCAGCCAAGAAAAAUCCACAAAUGACCUGCACCAUUUUGUAAGCCGCAGGGUUCAAAGCGUAGGGGAAAAGUAACGCCUUAUAGUCUGGAAUUUACUUUAAAAACAUUUCACUUCAAUUAAAAUCCAAAGAAAGGUAGUCAAUCAAAAAUAAAUAGAUUUAAUGAGAGCAACAUUGAAAAAGGUAAAAGUUUGCACACUUUAUUCCUGUCAAACACUUUCAUUAAGGAACAUGAUGAAUAUUUAAUAACAUGAUGGAAUAUUUAAUAACAUGAUGGAAUAUUUAAUAACAUAUAUUUAAUAACAUGAUGAAUAUUUAAUAACAUGAUGGAAUAUUUAAUAACAUGAUGAAUAUUUAAUAACAUGAUGGAAUAUUUAAUAACAUAUAUUUAAUAACAUGAUGGAAUAUUUAAUAACAUGAUGGAAUAUUUAAAGACAUGAUGGAAUAUUUAAUAACAGGAUGGAAUAUUUAAUAACAUAUAUUUAAUAACAUGAUGAAUAUUUAAUAACAUGAUGGAAUAUUUAAUAACAUGAUGAAUAUUUAAUAACAUGAUGGAAUAUUUAAUAACAUGAUGAAUAUUUAAUAACAUGAUGGAAUAUUUAAUGACAUGAUGGAAUAUUUAAUAAUAUGAUGGAAUAUUUAAUAACAAGAUGAAUAUUUAAUAACAUGAUGGAAUAUUUAAAGACAUGAUGGAAUAUUUAAUAACAUGAUGGAAUAUUUAAUAACAUAUAUUUAAUAACAUGAUGAAUAUUUAAUAACAUGAUGGAAUAUUUAAUAACAUGAUGAAUAUUUAAUAACAUGAUGGAAUAUUUAAUAACAUAUACCGGUAUUUAAUAACAUGAUGGAAUAUUUAAUAACAUGAUGGAAUAUUUAAAGACAUGAUGGAAUAUUUAAUAACAUGAUGUAAUAUUUAAUAACGUGAUGUAAUAUUUAAUAACAUGAUGGAAUAUUUAAUAACAUAUAUUUAAUAACAUGAUGAAUAUUUAAUAACAUGAUGGAAUAUUUAAUAACAUGAUGAAUAUUUAAUAACAUGAUGGAAUAUUUAAUAACAUAUAUUUAAUAACAUGAUGGAAUAUUUAAUAACAUGAUGGAAUAUUUAAAGACAUGAUGGAAUAUUUAAUAACAGGAUGGAAUAUUUAAUAACAUAUUUAAUAACAUGAUGGAAUAUUUAAUAACAUGAUGGAAUAUUUAAUAACAUGAUGAAUAUUUAAUAACACGAUGGAAUAUUUAAUAACAUGAUGAAUAUUUAAUAACAUGAUGGAAUAUUUAAUAACAUAUAUUUAAUAACAUGAUGGAAUAUUUAAUGACAUGAUGGAAUAUUUAAUAAUAUGAUGGAAUAUUUAAUAACAAGAUGAAUAUUUAAUGACAUGAUGGAAUAUUUAAAGACAUGAUGGAAUAUUUAAUAACAUGAUGGAAUAUUUAAUAACAUAUAUUUAAUAACAUGAUGAAUAUUUAAUAACAUGAUGGAAUAUUUAAUAACAUGAUGAAUAUUUAAUAACAUGAUGGAAUAUUUAAUAACAUAUACCGGUAUUUAAUAACAUGAUGGAAUAUUUAAUAACAUGAUGGAAUAUUUAAAGACAUGAUGGAAUAUUUAAUAACAUGAUGUAAUAUUUAAUAACGUGAUGUAAUAUUUAAUAACAUGAUGGAAUAUUUAAUAACAUAUAUUUAAUAACAUGAUGAAUAUUUAAUAACAUAUAUUUAAUAACAUGAUGGAAUAUUUAAUAACAUGAUGGAAUAUUUAAAGACAUGAUGGAAUAUUUAAUAACAUGAUGUAAUAUUUAAUAACGUGAUGUAAUAUUUAAUAACAUGAUGGAAUAUUUAAUAACAUAUAUUUAAUAACAUGAUGGAAUAUUUAAUAACGUGAUGUAAUAUUUAAUAACAUGAUGGAAUAUUUAAUAACAUGUAUUUAAUAACAUGAUGGAAUAUUUAAUGACAUGAUGGAAUAUUUAAUAAUAUGAUGGAAUAUUUAAUAACAUGAUGAAUAUUUAAUGACAUGAUGGAAUAUUUAACAACAUGAUGGAAUAUUUAAUAACAUAUAUUUAAUAACAUGAUGGAAUAUUUAAUGACAUGAUGGAAUAUUUAAUAACAUAUAUUUAAUAACAUGAUGGAAUAUUUAAUAACAUAUAUUUAAUAACAUGAUGGAAUAUUUAAUAACAUGAUGGAAUAUUUAAUAACAUAUAUUUAAUAACAUGAUGGAAUAUUUAAUGGCAUGA